AUGGUAACUGUUAGUCAACAACCAAACUUCAAAAGAAUUCAGAGUGAGAUUGAAAGAGAAGUCGAGAUGACAUUAGAAGGGGAUAAUUUGUGGAAUCGUGAAGAUCAGUUGCGUUCAAGGUUAAAGGAUCAGAACAGUCGUGUUCUUAUAAUCUUGGAUGAUGUUUGGGAAGAUCUUCACGAUCUAGAGAAACUUGGAAUUCCUAGGGGUAGCAACCACAACCAUCGGUGCAGAGUGACAUUGAUGACGUGUCUGAGAGAUGUUUGCGAAAAUAUGGAAGCUCAGAAGAUCAUGGAAGUUGGAACCUUACCUGAAAAGGAAGCACAAAUUCUUUUUAGGCAGAAAGCCAGUAAUUUAGUUGAUAAUCCGUCUCUCUUUGACAUAGCAAAAGAUGUUGCCAAAGAAUGCAAGGGAUUGCCAUUUGCAAUUAUUACAGUUGCAGGAGAACUAAAACAAAAAACCAAGCCUUCAUGGGAGGAUGCCCUUAAACAAUUAUGUGAUGCAAAAACGAGAAAUAUCCCUGGAGUGCACUCAAAGGUGUAUAAAUUCUGA